UGUCAAAAUUCUAACCUAAUUCAAGUCAAAGCGUUAGCCGCUACAAAAAAUAGAAAUAUUUUUUAAUGAAUUUGGACAGAAGUGUGUAAAAAUGGAAGUAGAAAAAGAAGAAAGCGAAGAGAUACCAUCGACAAGUUCAAACCCUGAAGAGGAUCCAGGUCCGUCUCAGGCUAGAGUUGAAACCGAAAGCGAUGACGAGGAUAUAGAAAUUCCUUCAAUACUUGAUAGCAUCACACAACAACAAAUUGAUGAAUUUAGGCCUUUUCAUGAACGUUACUUUGAAAAAAAGUACUGCACGAGAUUCACCACAGAUACUGUUAAUUUAGACACGUGUGUCAGAAUACACACUAACAAAAUUAGUCUCAUAUAUCUUUCAGAGAAGCAUUCAGUCAUACAAAAUCAACAAAGGUUGCAGUCCAUCGAUUUCCAAGUGAGUAAGAAAGUGAAUCGUUUGAAGAACGCAAUGUUUGGUAAAGGUAAAAGGGGGGCCCAACUGUUACAACCUGAUUCUAUUCUUUGCCACAUGGAGACUGUAGAUGGGGCACGCUACCCUGUUCACGCCUGUGUUUAUGGUAAAUUGUUAGAGAUAAACAGCAGAGUGAUUAAAGAACCAAAUUUUUUGUUGGAUGAUUUAAAUGAAGGUUUUUUGGCUAUAAUUUUGCCAGACUUGCGAAGGCAUGAGGAAAAUGUUAAAUCGUUAAAAAGCGUAGAAGAAUACAAUACUUAAGUUUAAUCAUUUUGAUAAGACAAUUUGUAUUUUUGUAACAUAAUAACUUAUUUUUAAAUAAAAGUAAUUGACUUGUU